AAGUAAACGGCGAGUUGCGACAUUGAAUUACACAGCCAACACAGGACUACCCCAAAACCCUACUCCGACGUUGCAUAGCCCACGCUCGCAGAAAUCGAGAGAAAGAGGAGAGAGAAAAGAGAGUAGAGAGAAGAGAUGUGGAGAUCCAUAGCAUCAAGAUCUUCGUUUACCAGAAGUUUUGGGCGAAAAUUGAUAUCUUCUACCCAAACACCACCAUCUCAGGUAAUCCAUAAACCCUUGAUUUCAUCACAUUUUACAGUUAUCGAGAAUCCCGGCAAGUUUUGUUAUCAGAAUCACAGGUUUUUCUCUCAUUCUUCUUCAAUAAGUGAAAUUGAGACUGAGAAUCAUGAUUCCACUUCUUCUGAGGACGUUGAAUUGGAAAAUGGUGGGGUUUUUGAUGAUACCCAUGAUGUUAGUUCUUCUCAACAACUUGGUUUGAACCCUAAUUUUGAUGAAAUUAAUGAUGCCCAGAUGAGUGGUAUUGGGUUAAAUGAUCAGGGAUUAGAAGGGGUAAGUGAGGAAAUUACUGGGGUUGAUGUUGAACAAUUGGAAAAUGUAUUGUCUUUGCUUCUAAAUGAUGUAGAUGGGUCUUUAGAGUCUAGCCUUGAUAGUAUGGAUUUGAAGUUGAAUGAGGAGUUUGUGGUGAGAGUGCUCGAAACACCGCUUAUUCCUGGGGAUCAUUUGAUUAGGUUUUACAAAUGGGUUUCGAGUCGAAAUGAAUUUAAAGGUAAUACUUUGUUGUUAAGUGAACUUGUCCGUGCUAUUUGCAAUGAUUCUGAACCCAAGAGGAAAAAUGUUUAUGCUUUGUGGGAUUUGGUGAAGGAAAUGGGUGAGAAAGAGAGUGGUGUUGUUGAUGCUGAAAUGCUAAAUCAAUUGAUAUCGGCGUUUUUGAAAUUGGGUAAGGGAAAGGCUGCAUAUGAGGCAUUUGGGAAGUUUGAGGAAUUUGGCUGCGUCCUGAAUGUAGACAGUUAUUAUCUUACGAUUGAGGCACUUUGCAAGAGGUCAUUUUAUGACUGGGCUACAUUAGUUGUUCAGAAAAUGCUCGAUGCUGGAAUGCUUCCAGAGAGUGAGAAGGUUGGUGAGAUCAUAUCAUUCUUAUGCAAAGGAUACAAGUCCAAGGAGGCCCAUGUUGUCUAUCUUGCUGCCAAGAGGGAUAAUAAGUAUCCUUCUCAGAAGGCAGUUAAUUUUUUGAUAAGUUGUCUGUCGAAGGUGGAUGAAACUGUGGACUUAGCACAGGAGACGCUGGUUGAUGUUUCUGAUGAAGUUCGUAAACAUGCUAUCAAUCCGUUCUCAUGGGUCAUCCGUGGUUUGUGUAGGAAAAAUGACAUUGAGGGUGCUAAGAAGUUGUUUGCUGAGAUGAUGGAAAAAGGUCCGCCUCCUGGGAAUGCAAUCUUUAAUAUUAUCAUUAACUCUCUUUCCAAAGCUGGAGAUAUGGAAGAUGCCAAGAGGUUACUGAAACUUAUGGAGACUAGAGGACUGAAACCUGAUGUCUAUACUUAUAGUGUCAUAAUUAGUGGUUACGCAAAGGGUGGUAUGAUGGAAGAAGCUCGCAAAGUAUUGUCAAUGGCAAAAAGGAAACACUCCAAGCUCUGCCCUGCUACUUUCCAUUCGCUCAUUCGAGGAUAUUGCAACCUUGGAGAAUUUGACAGGGCUAUGAAACUGCUGAGUGAGAUGAAGGACUCCGGGGUUGAGCCUAAUGUAGAUGAGUACAAUAAGUUUAUCCAAUCACUUUGUUUGAAGGCUUUAGAUUGGAAAUCAGCAGAGAAGCUUCUGGAAGAAAUGAAAGAGAAAGGUUUGUAUCUACCUGGUAUUACGCGAGGUCUUGUAAGUGCAGUUAAAGAGUUGGAGCAAGAGGCAGUUGGAUCUGAAGAUGAUCAUGCCAAACCAUAGAUUGUUAGUGGACCAUGAUCAGUGUUGUAACAUGAAGUGGCUGAAGCCGUUUUUGUUCCUUUUCAUGUGGUAGUAUUUCUUUUUGUUUUAUUCUUUUCAUUUUCAUUUGGUUAUCAAAUUUUGGAGCUCUUAGGCAUUAAUCUGGAUGGCAUUGAUUCCAGAACUGUUAAUCAAAUAGUACAUCUUCUUUGAUUUGGCUGGCUAUGCCAUUUCGUUUGUGGUAGCUGGAUCUGUUAGGAAGUUAGUGCUUAUAUAUAUAUGUGCGAAAUUGUUGGUAUGGAAACAUCAAAGAAUUUUUGCUCUUUUUUUUCCAGUGAGCAAAAUAAUCACAUCACUAACUCUAUGUAUGAUUUCCUUAUCAAUGGAAGCUAAGGUUGUGGCUUUUAAUUGUUUCUCUUUUGGCUAAGGGUGCAUGGGUGGAUAUAUUUUUGAGGGGUUUUCACCAGCCUUUGUUUGAGAGUUGGACAGUAGUAGUAGAGGUAUGUAAUUUAAACUCUGUAAUCAUCCCGUUUCUUUUGCUUUUAAGAACCAAGCCUUUUAUUAUUUGGUCAAGCAGGUUUUCUUUAAGUUUUAGGGGUUUUCUCGACUCAAUUCAAUUCGUUUUAAAAUUGGAGUUUUUCUAAUUCAAUUCAAUUAUUUCAGAUGGCUUUGAUUCAAUUUUGUUAAAAAAAAAAAGGGAUUUUAUUUUUUUGCAUUCUAAACUUAGGGUUUUAUUUAUUUAUUUGAUUAGGAUUGUUUAAUGUCUAAUUGACUUUACAAUUUGGAGCAGGAUUAGGUUUUAAGUAUCAAUUUUUUUGGUACAAUUGUAGCUUACUUAUUGCCAUUAAGACAGUAACCAUUGGCCUUAAAUAAUACCAUCUCGAGCCGGAGUGAAAAGCUCAUUGACUGAACUAUCUUAAUGAUAAAAAGGACUCGUGACCUUGACAUUUCCAUGUUAAUCGCUUCUAUGGUCAAGGCAUGUUUGAGUAUUUGAUGUUAUUUGUGUAUAAUGGUUUCUGAGUACCCAUGGCCAUGUAUGAAUAUAAAUUGAUUUCUUUUGUAGGAAAGAAAUGAUCAGAUCAAUGACAAAUUAAAGCUGCUAUGACAACGAGCAAUCAGAACAUAUUAUGUAUUUAGAAUUAUGGUAAUUGAGAUGACAAAAGGUUAAUUGUGUGAUAAACAAGUAUGACCUAAAUGUUGAUUAGAGUGUCAACAAACUGGAAAGAAAUCAGAUAUGUUAAUCAAGCUUGAUGUAGAAACAAAGCUGCUUUAGACUUUGUGAUGGAAUAGUCUGAUUUUCUUGAUUUAAGUAUUUUUUUGAUUAAAAUAUUGGUGUUGAUUUUUGAUUUUUUUUAUUAUUUACAAAUUGUUUCUCAAAUUUGUUGAUCGAAUCUUUUUUUUAUACCCCCUCCGUGUUUUAAUAAGUGUUACACUUUGACCGGCACAUAGUUUUAGGCAAUAUA